CGCGAUUCUCGCGCAGUUCAGAAGCUCGAAUCGUUCGUCCCACUGGAACGUCUCGUUCGGAUCGCAACAAACGAAGGAGCUCCGACCAUUUCGCGGAACUUGAGUUUCUCGGUUUCGCUGUCGCUAACCGCAGCUUCGAGUGUGCAGAUCAGGCACUUCCACCGUGUGCCGGAAUCUCGUCACAUCGCGGCACGUCUUCCAUUGAUACCAACGCUUCCUAGUGUCUGCGGCAGCCAUGUCGAGCGGCGGAGACGGGGGCUCAGGCUCAAGCGACGCCGCCCUGGCGGGCCCUCCCGACAAGGACUACUACGACAGCACACGGGCCAUAGCCUACAUGAGCGUCUGCAUCGCGCUCAGCUACCAGUGUCUCACCGAGUUUCCCUACCUGCUCGUCAUGCACGGAGGAAUGUGCUUCUUCUUGCCGUACGCGGUUGUCUUGGUAGCGGUGGGUGUUCCUAUGGCCGCCUUCGAGAUGCUGAUUGGACAGUUCCGCGGAAAGGGAUGCCUUGAGAUCUGGACCUGCGUCCCAGUCGGAAAAGGCAUCGGCAUGGCAAUGCUGCUGAAGACGUUUGUGAUCUGCGCGUACAAGGCGUUCGAGAACGCGUGCACCUUCUUCUACUUCCUGCAGACAUUCCAAGAUGAGCUUCCCUGGAGCCACUGCUACACCUGGUGGGGCGCCUCGGACCUCAACUGCCGGGAGAGGAAGCUCAACGAGACGCGCCAGUGCCAGCUUGCCAAGGAGAAUGUGUACAUGAAGACCCAGGAGCCCAACUACGACCCUGGCAAGAACGCCACCGUGUUCACCUUGUGCGGAAAAGUCGUUACGGCGUCCUACGUCGACGCCGUGAACCUGUCGGACUGCUUGGACCCACGGGGCUAUUCCGAGAACGCCUUCUUUCUGCACGGCAUGCUCAAGGUGACCAAUGGCAUCGACGAAUUCGGCGGGAUUCGCUGGGAGCUGCUCGUUUGUUACAUCUUCACCUGGUUCUUCAUCUUCGUCUGCACGGCGCAGGGAGUCGCUGCAGUCGGACGGAUAUCUGCAGUGAUGGGCUUCCUACCAGCGUGUCUCAUGGCCGCCGUCGCGGCGAGAGCCCUCUACCUACCAGGAGCUCGGAGCUCGGUGUGGGAGCAGUUCCAGCCGCGGUGGAGCUGCCUGUGGGACAGCAAGGCAUGGUCGGACGCGGCCUUCAAUGUGCUGACGGGCCUAGCCAUCGGCCUGGGCCAGUUGCACUCACUGGCUUCAUACAACACUUUCGACACGACAACGCUAUACUG